GUCGCUGCGCCUUUAAGAGCGUCGUCGCACAUUGUGUCGGUACCGGUGUCCGCUGUUUCGUGUUGUGUUUUCAUCCUCCUUCUGUACGGUCAUGUCUGCUCAUUCCGCCGAAGAACCGUUCCCGUUUCACGGGCUGCUCCCGAAAAAAGAGACCGGCGCUGCUUCGUUCCUCACUAAGUACCCGGAGUACGAUGGCCGAGGGGUGCUCAUCGCGAUUCUCGACACCGGCGUGGACCCAGGGGCCCCGGGCAUGCAGAUCACCACAGACGGAAAGCCGAAGAUCGUGGACAUCAUCGACACCACGGGCAGCGGUGACGUGAACAUGAGCACAGUGGUGGAGGUGAAGGAGGGCAGUGUGAGCGGUCUGACUGGACGCACGCUUAAAAUUCCUGCAGCGUGGGUCAAUCCGUCUGGGAAAUAUCACAUUGGAGUGAAAAACGGCUAUGAUUUCUUCCCUAAAGCUCUUAAAGAGAGAAUACAGAAAGAGCGCAAGGAGAAGCUGUGGGAUCCGACACACCGAGCAGCUCUCGCUGAGGCCAGCCGCAGGACAGAAGAGUUCGACCAAACACACACAAACCCCUCACAGAUGGAGAAGCUCCAGAAGGAGGAGCUGCAGUGUCAUGUGGAGCUGCUGGGAAUGCUGGAGAAGAAAUACAGUGAUCCUGGACCCGUGUAUGACUGUAUAUCAUGGCACGACGGGGUCACGUGGAGGGCUGUGGUGGACACGUCUGAGUGUGGAGAUCUGUCGUCCUGCACUGUCCUCAGCUCCUACAGAGAGAGACAGGAGUUCUGCACGCUGGGAUUCGCUGAGAUGCUCAACUUCUCCGUCAACAUCUAUGAUGAGGGAAACACACUCUGCAUCGUCACCAGCGGAGGGGCUCAUGGGACACACGUGGCCAGCAUCGCAGCAGGUCAUUUCCCAGAUGAACCCGAGCGUAACGGUGUGGCUCCUGGAGCUCAGAUCCUGGCGCUGAAGAUCGGAGACACUCGCCUGAGCACCAUGGAGACGGGAACCGGCCUCAUACGAGCGAUGAUUGAAGUUAUAAACUAUAAGUGUGAUCUUGUGAACUACAGUUACGGUGAAGCGACGCAUUGGCCAAACUCAGGGAGAAUCUGUGAGGUCAUCACGGAGGCUGUACAGAAGUAUAAUGUUAUGUUCGUGUCGAGUGCGGGGAAUAACGGUCCAUGUCUGACCACCGUGGGCUGUCCUGGAGGAACCACCAGCAGUGUGAUCGGAGUGGGAGCGUAUGUUACUCCAGAUAUGAUGGUGGCCGAGUAUUCUCUGAGAGAGAAGCUUCCUCCUAACCAGUACACCUGGUCAUCCCGUGGGCCCUGCACAGACGGCGCUCUGGGCGUCAGUAUUAGUGCUCCGGGCGGCGCCAUCGCCUCCGUGCCCAACUGGACGCUGCGCGGCACUCAGCUGAUGAACGGCACGUCCAUGUCCUCCCCGAACGCCUGCGGAGGAAUCGCCCUCGUGCUGUCAGGUCUGAAGCAGAACGGUCUGCGGCCCACGGUGCCGGCGGUGCGCAGAGCUCUGGAGAACACAGCUCAGAAGGUGGAGGAGAUCGAGGUGUUUGCGCAGGGACACGGAAUCAUACAGGUGGAGAGGGCGUUCGACUACCUCAUGCAGCACAAUUCUCUGGCCUCCAGCAGUCUGGGCUUCAGCGUCAGUGCAGGAUCUCAGAGAGGAAUCUACCUCAGAGACGCCACACACGUCACUGCACCAUCUGACCACGGCGUCGGCAUCGAGCCGAUCUUUCCAGAGAACACCGAGAACGCAGCUCGUAUCUCUCUGCAGCUUCACCUGGCGCUGGUCUGUAAUGCGUCCUGGGUUCAGUGUCCGUCCCAUCUGGAGCUCAUGAAUCAGUGCAGGCAUGUGAAUGUGCGCAUCGACCCACAGGGCCUUCGAGAGGGACUGCACUACACCGAGGUGUGUGGAUACGACACAACUGCUCUCAGCGCCGGCCCGCUCUUCAGAGUGCCCAUAACCGUUAUAAUCCCUACCAAAGUAUCUGACAGUCGCAGUCAGGAGCUCUCCUUCACUGAUGUUCACUUCCGGCCAGGACAGAUCCGUCGCCACUUCAUCACCGUCCCUCAAGGAGCAUCAUGGGCAGAGAUCUCUCUGACGUCUCACACUGGCGACGUGUCCUCGAAGUUCGUCCUGCAUGCGGUUCAUCUGGUGAAGCAGCGAGCGUAUCGAGCCAACGAGUUCUACAAGUUCUCCUCUCUGCUGGAGAAAGGCUCGCUCACAGAGGCCUUUCCAGUGCUGCCAGGUCGGACUCUGGAGCUGUGUAUUGCGCGCUGGUGGGCGAGUCUCGGUGAUGUCACCAUCGAUUAUGUCAUUUCCUUCCACGGCCUGGUGACGUCGCCCUCUCCUAUUCACAUCCACGCUUCUGAAGGCAUUUCUAGUUUUGAGGUUUGCUCUCCGUUGAGAUAUGAAGAUGUUUCUCCAACAAUCACACUGAAGAACUGGGUUCAGCCGCUCCGGCCUGUAAGUUCUAAAAUCAAACCGCUGGGCAUGAGAGACGUGUUGCCCAAUAACAGGCAGCUCUAUGAGCUCGUCCUCACCUAUAAUUUCCACCAGCCGAAGAGCGGCGAGGUGACACCCAGCUGUCCACUGCUCUGUGAGUUAUUAUACGAGUCUGAGUUCGACAGUCAACUCUGGCUCCUGUUUGACCAGAACAAGAGGCUCAUGGGAUCUGGAGAUGCGUACCCACACCAGUACUCUCUGAAGCUGGAGAAAGGCGACUACACUGUGCGUCUGCAGGUGCGUCACGAGCAGCAGAGUGAGCUGGAGCGUCUGAAGGAUCUGCCGUUCGUGGUGUCUCACCGUCUGUCCAACACUCUCUCGCUGGACGUCUACGAGACGCAUCGCGCCGCCCUGCUGGCCAAGAAGAAGGCCAACUCCAUCACACUGAGCCCCGGGGCCUCACAGCCGUUCUACAUCACCAGUCUGCCCGACGACAAGAUCCCUAAAGGCUCCGGUCCAGGCGGGUUCAUCUCCGGCUCUCUGGUUCUGCCCAAGAGUGAGUUCGGCAAAAAAGCACAGGGACAAGCUUCAGCCAAACGACAAGGAAAAUUUAAAAAGGAUAUCGUGCCAAUCUUUUACCACCUGGUUCCUGCUCCCAACAAAAGCAAGAACGGGAAGGAGAAGGAGAAGGACCCGGAGAAGGAGAAGGACGUGAAGGAGGAGUUCAGUGAGGCGCUGCGGGACCUGAAGAUCCAGUGGAUGAGCAAACUGGACAACAGUUCACUGUAUGAGGAGCUGAAGGAGGCGUUUCCUACACACCUGCCACUGCAUGUGCAGAGACUCCAUCAGCUCGACUCUGAGAAGGAGCGUCUGAAGCGUCUGCCGGAGAUUGUAUCCGCUGCAGAGUCAGUGAUGUCACACAUCGAUCAGACGGCGCUGGCAGUGUACCUCACCAUGAAGACGGACCCACGGCCCGACGCCGCCUCCAUCAAGAGUGAUAUGGAGAAGCAGAAGGCGUCUCUGCUGGAUGCGCUCUGCAGGAAGGGCUGUGCUCUGGCGGAUCAGCUGAUGCAGACGCCGCUGCAGGACGGGGCCAGUGCCGGACAGGUGAGCAGCUCGGAGGAGGAGUCAGUGGGCGUGGCCAAAGCUCUGACGGACACCUUCUGGGAGCUGCAGAAGUGGGCGGAGCUUACAGACUCUAAGGUUUUGUCGUUCUCCUAUAAGCAUGCGCUGGCCAAUAAGAUGUACGCCAGAGCCUUGAAAUACGCAAUAAAGAUUGUAGAGGACAAACCCAGCAGAGAGAACUCCAAGAACUGCUUACAGCUGAUGCGUUCUCUGGGCUGGACACACUGCGUCUCGUUCACUGAGAGCUGGCUGCCGAUCCUCUUCCCGGCAGACUUCACACCCUUCUAAUCAUCACACACAAACACACACACUCCUGUUUUUAACCAAGAGGAGACUUUUAAUGCCUUCUGGAUCAUCACAAUCCAAACCUCAUAUCACACACACACACACACACAUACACACAUACACACAUCCCUCACGGACCCCAUGAUGCCUUCAGUGUGUGUGUGUGUGUGUCUGGCUGACUCUUCAUCAGGACGUGUGUUAAACACAUGCAGUCUGUGGACUGACACAUGAUUAUGAACUAUUUUUCAUAACAACAGUACAAGCGUAAAUAUAUACGGCAAUAUGAUGGACAUCGAGUGUGUGUGUGUGUGUGUGUGUGUGUGUGUGUGCGUGCGCUCACAUUUCAUUCAUUAUUAUUAUUAUUUUUUAGGUUUAUUUUUAUUUUUAUUUUUAUUUUUUUUGGUGAAAUCCCCCUCCUAAAAAAAAUUAUAUUUGGACUUAAAUUAUUUUGUUUAAUUUAAAUUAUUACCUCUUUAGGUAACUGUCAUUAUAUUUAAAUUUUUCCCCCUUUUGAUUUUUUUUUUAUGUGAAUUUUAUUAUUUUCAUUAUUUUAUUUUUUCCUCAUUUUUUUGUGAAUUUAUUUUCUAUUUUUUAUUUUUUCUAGGCCCUUGUGUGUGUCAAAUGUAUGCAUGUUUCCUAAACACACGGGUCUCUUCAUGUGCCGUUCUCUCAUCCGUCUGCAAGUUUUUCUCUCUCUGAGCCUCGACUCAUUUCCUUUUGGUCUGUGUAAAACCGAGACAUUUUUCUUAGCGUGUUUGUGUGUGUUUGUGUGUGUUUGUGUGUGUUUGUGUGUGUGUGUGUGUGUGUGUGUGUGUGUGUGUGUGUGUGUGUGUGUGUGUGUGUGUGUGUGUGUGUGUGUGUGUGUGUGUGAGCCUUCAUUCAGGGUUCAGACACAGUAAACACAGAAGACUCGACGCCAGCAUUCAUGCUCACAUUUUCAGCAGCUCCUCCAGAUUCACUUUCUUCUUCUGCAUUCAAGCACAUCUCCUCUGUGGGUCGCCACUUUUUUCUAUUGUGUGUGUGUGUGUGUGUGUGUGUGUGUGUGUUUGUUGAUGUUCAGGGUGAUGCGAAUGGCAGGAUCUUUAAAAUGGCCUUAAAAAUUCACAAUCAUUAAAGGGACAGUUCACCCAAAACCGAUAUAAGAGAUUGUUUCAGUUUCUUUUGUUCUUCUUGCAAUAGCAGAACAUUCUUCAAAAUAUCUUAUUUUGUGUUUGCCAGAAGAAAGAAAUGCAUAAAUGUUUACCACCACUUAAUUCGGACAUGUUUGUAUGUUUUGGCGUGUACUGUCUCUUUAAAUCCCGUCCGUUUCUGCACUCUUCAGGAAAUCUCAUAUCAGUCUGUAUUAAGAAACCCUUGAAUAUCCUCAGAUAUAUUUAUGGAUGUCUUGUAUUUAUAAAGUACAGAUGAAAUCUAGUUAAUGCCAAUAUUUUAAAGUCCUUUUAAUUCAUGCAUAGAGUAGUUAGGUGUUCUUUUAUAUCCAUUGCUAUUGGUGGAAUGUUUCAGAAAUGACAGACGGUUAUUUUGUUAAAUGUGCUGAUGAUGAUGAUGAUGAUGAUGAUGUAUUUGAGGAAGAUAUGGAAUAAAAUGACCUGGAACUGA